UAGUAGACUCGUGUCGUCAUCAAUGUGAGACGAAAAUGGGUGAAAGGUGUUUCAGCCAGUCGUAAGGUGAUCGGGGUGAGUAUCUACGUUGAAGAUGAGUCUGAACAAAUUUACUCUUUUGACAAAUACUGUCAAGCUUGGGAGAAGUGUGUUCGCUGCACGAGUCGCGCAAACAGGAGAUUGUCUGCAUCACUUUCAAUCGCGACGCUCCGUUAGAUCCAGUGCGAGGAGUUUGGCAUAUGCUAAAGAUCUGUUCUUGGGCAAAGUAAACAAGGCUGAAGUUUUUCCCUACCCAGAAAUCAGCAAUGAAGAACUGGAGGAGAUAAACCAACUUGUUCAGCCUGUGGAGAAAUUUUUCAGUGAAGAUGUUGAUUCUAGUAAGAUUGACCAUGAGGCUGUAAUUCCUCCUGAGACUUUGAAUGGGCUGAAGGAACUGGGGCUGUUUGGAAUCCAGAUACCUGAAGAAUAUGGCGGUCUGGGCCUCUCAAACACCAUGUAUGCCAGGUUAGGAGAGAUCACGUCUUUAGAUGGGUCUAUUGCGGUCACGCUUGCAGCACAUCAAGCCAUUGGCCUGAAGGGAAUUUUGAUUGCUGGAAAUGACGCUCAGAAAGCAAAAUACCUGCCCAAACUAGCAACAGGAGAGCAUAUUGCAGCUUUCUGCCUCACUGAACCUGGAAGCGGCAGUGAUGCUGCAUCUAUACAGACACGGGCCACGCUGACAGAAGAUGGGAAGCACUUCUUGCUCAAUGGCACAAAGUUUUGGAUUUCCAAUGGCGGAUGGGCAGACAUCAUGACCGUGUUUGCCAGAACUGAAGUUGUUGACAAAGAUGGUCAAAAGAAAGAUAAGAUCACAGCUUUCAUCGUAGAGCGGGAAUUCGGUGGUGUCACCAGCGGCAAACCUGAAGACAAACUGGGCAUCAGAGGCUCAAACACUUGUGAGAUCUCAUUUGAAGACACCAAGGUGCCAAUCGAGAAUGUUAUUGGUGAAGUCGGUGGUGGUUUUAAGGUCGCCAUGAACAUUCUGAAUAAUGGCCGCUUCAGCAUGGGCAGUGCAGGUGCAGGGGUGAUCAAGAAGCUGAUUGAGUUGACAUCAGAAUAUGCAGGCACGAGAAAACAAUUCAACAGGAGCCUUUCUGAGUUUGGAAUGAUUCAGGAUAAGUUUGCUACCAUGGCCAUAAAUGCAUUUGUGAUGGAGAGCAUGGCUUAUCUCACUGCUGGAAUGAUGGACCGACCUGGAGUCCCAGACUGCUCUCUGGAGGCCGCUAUGGUCAAGGUCUUCAGCUCUGAGGGCAGCUGGAUCUGCGUGAGCGAAGCCCUGCAGGUUUUAGGAGGCCUGGGCUUCACCAAGAACUACCCCUAUGAGCGCUACCUCAGGGACUGCCGUAUCCUCCAGAUAUUUGAGGGCACUAAUGAGAUUUUGAGGAUGUACGUCGCACUUACAGGAAUGCAGUAUGCUGGCAAAAUACUAACAGGAAAAAUAAAGGAGAUGAAGAAGGGAAAUGUGGGGGUGGUGUUUGAGAUUCUGGGAAAGAAAUUGAAGGACUCGGUGGUGAAAACGGUGGACUUUGGACUGACCGGCAAAGAUGGUGUUGUGCACCCCAGUCUGACGGAGAGCGCCAAAAUGUUCGAGCAGAACGCUGCACUCUUCGGCUCUACUGUGGAAAGCUUACUGUACCGAUACGGAAAGACAAUCGUUGAGGAGCAGCUAGUGCUGAAGAAAGUUGCAGAUGUAUUAAUUAACCUCUACGCCAUGACAGCCGUCCUGUCCCGCACCAGUCGCUCCAUCAGCAUCGGCCUGCGCAACCAUGACCAUGAGGUGCUGCUCACCAACACUUUCUGCAAGGAUGCUCAUUUCAAGAACAACUUCUUGUUGACUCAGCUUCAAAAAAAUUCCCCGGAGAACAGCGAUGCCAACAUAAAGAAGAUCGCCCAGGAGGUCUUAGCCAAGAGAGCGUACGUCUGCUCACACCCUCUGGACAGGACCUUUUGAUACAGCUCUCGUUGUCUGACAGGCUUCCCACAACCAUGUGUCUCGGUUUAACCCGAAAGAAGUGAGAGUAACUCCUGUGGUUAUUAAAUUAAAUAUACUUGUUUCUCACAAUAUGCAGUAAUGAUUGAGCCUCACUUUAUAAUGUUUUAGUUCUUUUUAUGUCAGUUUUCUAAUGACAUAGUGCCACCUAAGUGCUGCUUAAUAUUGGUUGAAGGAUAUAAAAUCUAAGCAAUACCAUUAAUGUACAUGUAAGGUGAUGUCUUUGUUGGUUCUCAUCUCUAUAAUGUUUCUGCUGUGUUUGAAGUGGGCACUUUUCAUAGGCGUCUGUGGACCUUCAGCAGGUUUCUGGAAGGAGUGUAUGCUUUUCUCUUCAUCCGUGAAAAGUAAAGAACUUCGCUUGUGCAGGAAUGAAUGUUGCCUCCAGUAAUCUCUGUUAAAAAUCCAAGUGUUAAUGUCAGAGCAGUUUCAUUGUGAGGUUAAGGUUUAAAAUUUGUUUAAAUUUUUCUCAUUAAUGUGUGCCAGAAACCCUUCCAAGAAGUGAGUUUAUAUCAGUAGUCUGAAUGGUUCUCGUAUACCAUUCUCAUAUGGUCUGAAUAUACCAAGUUGUGGUAUAUUCAUUUAAAACGGUAUAAAAGAAAACACAAGGAUUAUUUCUAACCGGAAGUGGAAUUUGCUGUACUGGGAUGAGGAUCUUGGAAUUGCGUUUUUGUCCCAGCUUAGGCUGUGGUUCUGAAAAGGUCCCGGACCAAAUGGAAUAUUGGCCUCCCUAUCUGCUGAGCCGGUCGUUUCAGAAGGCCGGACCACAGAAAUAACGGGAAUGGGCUGAGGGGAAAAACGGAUUAGAUGUUGAAUAGCAAGCUUAAACUGUUUUAAAGCAUACUGAAAUAUGUUUGUUGAGAGUUUGUCAAGAAAAUAUGUACAUCAGUAUCCAUAUUAACAAUAAAACUUACAUAAUUUUAAAAAUGA